AUGUCGAGCUCUUCAGAGACAGGGAAUUCCACUCCACGGUCGUCAUCGUCGUCAGCAAGGACCUCUGUUAGUAUCGAAACAACCGUAACUAAGCUCCUAAUGUCAACUAAACAUCUAUUACAAAUUCUGACACAAUGGUCUAAAGGAAGUGCAACAGGGAAGAUGGUAUCUGAUUCCUAUGUCCAGCUUGGUAACGAUUUCAAGUUGGUUUCGAAGUUUUUUACCCAUGCAAAAAUCGAUAUAUCUGAUUUAGGCGAUGUACCAAUGCAAUUACGAAAGGUUCUAGAGGUUACUCUACGCGAACCUGCCUCAGAUACAACUCUUAAUAAAUAUUUACCUAGGAUACGUGAAAUUAUUGUCAAUUUAUUGGAUAAAUUAAAAGUAAAACAAUUGCAAUUGAAACAAGCGAGACAAGAACAACUAAUUACUAAAGUUUCUCUUUCAAAAGAUACUUUAUCUCCUAGUGUACAGUCUGCGGAUAGUAUUGCCUCUCCUCGAAUUAGAGAUACAAAAGAUUCACAAUCACAUGAUAGUAAGAGAUUAUCCCGUAUUAGUUCCAAUUCUAUUCAAAAAGAUAUAGAAAACUUGACAGCUAAUAGUGAAUCUAUUGAAGAAACCGAGAAAAAAAGCCCUGCAGGUAUACACGGAAAGAAUAAUUUUAUUGAUAUUGAUCCACAACACAAAGAUCAAAUCGUUGUAUCAAAAGUUAGGGACUCGGCAGACCAAGAUGCAUUGGAACAACUAAAGAAUGGGACAAAUUUACAACGACGUGCCUCGAAAAGGUACUCUGCAUAUCAUAUGGCGAAACUGACUAAUCAAUCCACCAGCGAUGCCGUAAAUGCGGCAGCAUAUGCAACGUCCCCAGUACCAAACAUGCCAAAUAUAUUUGGUCUUGAUAAAAAUAACUCACCGAAUCGAAUAGUAAGCGAUCAGAGGUCAGAGUUACUUUCCCCUCAAAGCAAACGUUUGUCUGUUGAACAAAACCAUAUUGAUGGAACAUACACUGUUUUUUUAAAACUGAAUGGAAAGACCAAAAGAUGCAACGUACCAAUCAUUAAUAGUAUGAAUAACUUAAGAUUGCUAUUCGUUGAGAGAUUUGCUUACUCACCUGGUGGAGAUUCCUUCCCAGAUAUUUAUAUAACAGAUUCGAAAUAUAACGUCCCUUAUGAAUUAGAUGAACAAGAAAUUGGAACAAUUACUGACGGAACAACACUAGAACUACGAACAGAAACCGUACCACAUGUACCAAACAACUUGUUCGAUGAAUUGAAGGUUUCGAUGAGAGAAGAAAUUGCCAAAUCUCAAACUGAAAUUUUAAACCAUUUGUCAAAUGUUAAAAAGGUUGAUAAUACCACUACCGAACGCUCUGAAGAUAUAUCGCCACCAUCGCUAUCUGAACCUAAUUCUAAUGUUUUAAAUACAGUUGACACUGGAACAAUACCACGUAAUAACAAAAAGUCAGACGUUGAAGAUCUGAAACGUCAGUUGAAUAUAAUUAAACAACUCUAUUCGUCUAACAAAUCUGGCUUUGACAACAGUAUAACUGACAUUAAAAAAAAACUGGAAGACUUCAAAAACGUAUCAAUUGUCAAUGAGUCAUCCGAUAAGAAGGAGUAUGUCGAACAAUCUCAAACAAAGCUAGGUGAGAUAUCUGACAACCUGUUAACAAGAGUGGAUGAUUUACAGGAUAUAAUAGAAAUAUUGAGAAAGGAUGUGGCUGAUCGUGGUUCAAAACCAACCUCCAAGAAACUUGAAUCCUUAGAUAAGGAAUUAAAUAGUGCUAAUGAAAAUUUAAGCAAGAUGGAGAAGUACAUUGUUUCUGAAAAGCCGCAUUGGAAAACUAUAUGGGAAGCAGAACUUGAUAAAGUCUGUGAAGAACAACAAUUCCUAAAUUUGCAAGAAGAUCUUCUGUUCGACUUAAAGGAGGAUUUGAAAAAAGCCGUCGAGACGUUCAAUUUGAUUCACCUGUGUUGUGAUGAACAAGAAAAAAACCCUAGCAAACCGAGAGUAAACACCAUCUUACCCCUCCUAAAACCUGGAACCUUCAACCAGGUCAGAGAGCAGGUAAUGGUAGCCGUUGAGUCCAUCAACCCAAAUCAUGAAGAACGGUUGGAUGCUAUCGAAAAGGCAGAAAAACACUGGGAAAGAGAGAAAAGGUAUAAAGAAGAUGACGACUUUAAGGAUGAAUUGGGGAACUUUGUUGAAAAUUCAGGACUGAAGAAAUCCGGUGGUCUUGAAGAAAUAGAGCGUCAAAGAAGAGAAAAGGAUGAAGCUAAUUUAAGAGCGAACUUCAGAGGUCAACUACCAUUAUAA